CAACUCUCUUUCCUCUCUUAUUUCUUCUCUCUUGUUGCCACGUUAUGUUUCUGCAGCGCAUAUAUAAGGGAGCUGCAGCGUUUCUAAUAUUAGCGACAUGGUUAAGUAAUCAUGUUUUAGCUGACGAACAUAACCAUGUGUACGAACCUGAAGAAGAGGUUGUAGCGUGGAUGAAUACUGUCGGACCACUCAACAAUCGGCAAGAAACAUACCCUUAUUACCAAUUACCUUUUUGCCGAGGAACGAGUUCCGUCGAACACCAUCAUGAAACGCUUGGCGAAGCCCUGCAGGGCAUGGACCUCAUUAACUCGGGCAUUCCUAUACGUUUUCUUCAGCCGGUGGCGAAAGAUACAGUAUGUCAGAAGACGUUGGACCCUGAAGAAAUUCGUGUUAUGCGCUAUGCUGUGUAUCAUGACUAUUGGUAUACCAUGUUUGUCGAUGACUUGCCUGUUACCAAUCCUGUGGGCGUUAACGAUGCAGAGUCAAGCAUGAAUGAAAAGGAAGAGGACCACGAUUCACGUUUCGAUACGCUUUAUCUUUACACGCAUAGACACUUUAUUAUCCAUUAUAACGGCGACAGGAUCAUUGCUGUCCUUUUACAAUAUGGCGAACAAUAUGCCGAACCUGUUGAAUUGAGCCUUACUGACCCGUCCUUAGAUGUUACCUUUACAUACUCGGUUGAAUGGAAAGAAACAACGACUACAUUUGAGGAUCGCUUCCAACGACUUUUAGAGGCUGACUUCUUUGAGCACAAGGUUCAUUGGUUGUCUAUUUUCAGCUCUUUCAUGAUGGUACUAUUUUUGACUGGCUUAGUAUCCGUCAUUUUACUACGCACUAUCAAACGGGACUAUGCACGAUACGAUCGCGAGGAAGGAUUGGCCGAUUUUGAUCGCGAUCUUGGGGACGAUUAUGGCUGGAAACAAGUACACGGGGAUGUUUUCCGACAACCUCCUCGUCUCAUGGUCAUGUCUGCCUUGAUGGGAACUGGCUGUCAAUUGGUCAUGCUUGCAGGCGUCGUCAUUUUGUAUACGAUCAUAGGUGACUUGUAUGCCGAGCGCGCAACCAUCUUGACAGCAACCAUCUUUUUAUACGCUUUGACAUCUGGUGUUGCUGGUUAUACCAGUGCAAGAUACUAUGCCCGUUAUGGAGGCAAGGAAUGGGUACGAAACGUGCUCUUGACUGCCAGCAUAUGGCCAGGAUGCGUUGCUAUGAUUGGUGGAUAUGUCAACAGUGUGGCUAUCUAUUAUUCUAGCUCGCGUGCCAUUGCAUUCACCAUUGUGCUCGCGAUGCUUGCUAUCUGGGUAUUCUUAUGCUUCCCCUUGACACUACUGGGUGCCAUAAUCGGCCGAAACUGGGGCAGCAAUGCUGACUUUCCUUGUCGCGUUAAUCCGAUCCCUCGACCCAUCCCAGACAAGGUCUGGUAUGCCGAGCCUAUGGUGAUCAUACUGAUGGGUGGUGUGCUGCCAUUUGGAAGCAUUUUUAUCGAAAUGUAUUUCAUCUUCACGUCAUUCUGGACGUACAAGAUCUACUAUGUCUAUGGAUUCAUGUUCCUUGUUUUCAUGAUUAUGCUCAUUGUCAGCGCAUGUGUUGCAAUUGUGAGCAGCUACUUUUUACUCAACUCUGAGGAUCAUCGAUGGCAUUGGCUCAGUUUCAUGACAUGCGCUUCAACAUCGAUCUAUGUGUACAUUUAUUCAGUGUACUACUUCUUCGCAAAAACAAAAAUGACGGGUUUCUUUCAGACCAGUUUUUACUUUGGUUACACUGCAUUAUUAUCUCUGGGCAUGUUCUGUAUGCUAGGAUUUGUUGGCCAUUCGGCAGCUGGUCUGUUUGUACGGAAGAUUUACCAGAAUGUAAAAAUCGAUUAAACUUAUAAAUAUAUCAAUAUAAAUAAACAAACAAAAGCUAUUUCGCAUUUUUCAUACAGAAAGUCGGAUCACGAGUGUAUG